GAUAAUGUUUAAAGACCUUGAUGGGCAUGUCGACUGGUGCAUCUGCCUUAACUAAAUAUCCAAUUGAAAAUUCAUCAGAUUUAGUCAGACAGAACAUGGAAAUUGGCUAUAAAAAACAGUAAAAUUGGCUUCCUUGCGUUCAUCAUAGCUGCCUUAGUUUCAUUUGGACCAAUCGCAGGCUGACCACUGACGUCAACUGAUCGCGUUCACGGCGGUAAAGGCGACAUUUGAAGCCUCCUUUCACAACUCCGUUAAAUUUAUAAGGGAUCCGAACUUCAAGACAUCAAGCCACCAAUUUGAAGCGCUACAUUUUUCUGAAAGUAGUCCCUUGCGCGCUUUCGUAAGGUGUACGGCUUAGAUAACUACUUCUGGUUUGCUAUUUAGCGGGAUAGUCUUCACUGAGUUUUCACGACCGGUUGAAAGGUUACGGUUACAGCCCGGCAUUAUCAUAUUUCGUCUCCGUUGCAGAAUUUACCGGAAAUAUUGGCUUUGGGAUACACUUUUCGUCGGCUCCUAUUAUUUUAAAAAAAUUAUAUAGUGGUGCCUAUAGCGACGUAGAGAACAAAAAUAAAUUCAACGUUGAAGAAAGGAAAUUGCACCGUUCGAUUCCACAAGCCAGUUUGCAGUCGCCACUAUGACGGAAUACUUCUCCCAAAGAAACUUCAGCAAUGUGACCUCGACAAUUCCUCCGACACUACAGCCUCAAGCUGCGUACGAGGAUAAGCUUGUGUGGCUAAGAGUUGUAUUUUAUGGUGUAAUAAGCAUUGUUGGUACCGUAGGAAACGCUCUGGUCAUAUUAGCAUAUCGAAAUCCUCGGAUGCGAAGUGUAACCAAUCUUUUUAUAGCGAAUUUGGGCGUUGCAGAUCUGACUGUGACUCUCAUAAACGUUCCCAUCACAGUGACGUAUUCUGUACUACAGUACUGGCCAUUUGGCGAGUUUCUUUGUAAAGCCAUACCUUUUAUACUCGGGGUCACUCUCUUCUCCUCCGUCGGAACGUUGAUAGCCAUCGCAGCGGACCGAUACCGCGCUAUAGUCCAUCCACUGCUUCCAAGAAUUCGAACGCGACAUGCGAUCAUGAUCAUUGCAGCAAUUUGGAUCGCCGCGUUCAUCUAUCCAAUUCCGUUAAUAAUUUACCAACAUUUUACAGAAGGCCGGUGUGAAGAAAAAUGGUCCACAGAAAAGGCUAAGAGGAUCUUCACGGUUGCUGUGUUUGCAGCACUUUAUCUGAUACCACUGAUCGCCAUAUCGGUACUGUAUUUUUUAAUUUGUCACAAUCUUAACACUUCGGAAUCUUCUACUCAGGAAGGAGCUCGCCGAGCGAGGAAAAGCGUCAUACGUAUGCUAGUUGUUGUGGUAGUUCUGUUUACCGUUUGCUGGCUUCCAUACCACGUGAUGAUGAUGUACGAUAACUUUGGUGGAAAAAUGACGGGCACCGUCUUUCAGUUGAUAAUGUUUGGCUUUUGGUUAAGUUUUGCCAACAGUUGCUGUAACCCCAUUGUUUACGCAGUAUUGAACCGCAACUAUCGAAAAGAGUUCGGUAGAUUGCUAAGGUGUCAAGCACCUAAAGCCUACAGGAAGUCUGGCUCGCAACAUGAUAAGAACAGACGAUUUUCUUUGGAAACAAAAACAAGUUACAAGAUAACCAAGCUAUCUCUGAAUAAAAAGAAUAGUACCAACGAAGAUCUUUCAAUGGAAAACAAAGCCAUGGCUAAUAGCGUCCAAGGAAACAGUUCAAGCGGCAACUCAAGCCAAGGACCAAAAGAUGAAAAACUGCCGAAAAAACAACAGAGCAAGGUGAAGAAGACUAAACCCAUUAUGGUUUAAAGUCCAUGUAUGAUAACAAUAAAGUUGCAUGUAAAGACAAUGGAUCCUCUGCGACACUCGCGGCCAUCACAAAGACAUUGGAGCGCGGUUUUUCUUUAUUGCUUAAUUUUAUCGUCGAGCGAAAAUCUCACUGCGAACCAAAGCAACACGUUUAGGGAAAAAACAACGUUCAUGUUAGCCCACGACGAGUUUCUUUAAUUUGCAAUCCUAUUCAGGUUAUGGCCCGAUACAGAUCUCAAGUCUGCUA